GGGCCUUGUGACCAAUGCAGCCAUGUUCAGCUAGGAGAGGGAGACGGUCCGACACGGCGGAGGAACCUUUCUGUAAAUCGAUAAGGCUGGAUAUAAAUCUGUUGAAGUCGUUCUGAGGGACAUUCUGCUGGUAGAAAGGCCACAGAGGAGCCGGUAAACCCAGCACCCCGCAGCGCUGCCUGAGCUCUACUGGAAGAAGAAGAAGUGAAGAGGCGGAAGAUCUGCUUUGGACAUCAUGGCCUCUCGCAAAAAGGUGCUGCUGAAAGUGAUCAUCCUCGGGGACUCUGGGGUUGGGAAGACCUCUUUGAUGAACCAGUAUGUUAAUAAUAAGUUCAGCAACCAGUACAAGGCCACAAUCGGUGCAGACUUCCUGACCAAAGAGGUUAUGGUCGACGACAGGCUUGUCACCAUGCAGAUUUGGGACACAGCAGGGCAGGAGCGUUUCCAGUCUCUGGGAGUGGCGUUCUACAGGGGAGCAGACUGCUGUGUGCUGGUGUACGACGUCACAGCCCCGAACACGUUCAAGACUCUGGACAGCUGGAGGGAUGAGUUUCUGAUCCAGGCCAGCCCUCGCGACCCUGAGAACUUCCCCUUUGUGGUGCUUGGAAAUAAGAUUGACUUGGAGAACAGACAGGUUACAACAAAGCGAGCUCAGGCUUGGUGUCAAAGCAAGAACAAUAUUCCCUAUUUUGAGACCAGUGCCAAAGAAGCAAUCAACGUGGACCAGGCUUUCCAGACCAUUGCUCGCAAUGCACUCAAACAGGAGUCUGAAGUGGAGCCAUACGAUUUCCCCGACCAGAUCAAACUACGAGAUGAUAGACCCGCCUCCUCCAGCGACGGCUGCAGCUGCUGAAGGGGACAGAGCUGAGCGGCGAGGGGCCGAGAGGAGGGAACGAUAGAUGGCAGUGAUCCAGCAGAGGCUGAAGCGUUACAAAAAGACGCCAACCACCUCCCUAACCCCUCCCCUGCCCUCCAGCCAUGUAUGCCCUCUCCUUCAAGACCUCCAGGGUAUGAAUUGCCACAUGAUAGCGUCGCCCCUCUCUUUCCACACCCCAUGGAACAUGUGGCAUAAGAAAACUGUCUGAGGAAACGGGAGAGAGCACCUUAUUUCCUCCAACAUAACAUUUACUUUUAAAACUACGACUCCCAGUAUCACUACCGUACAAGUCUGAGACUGUCGCUGCGCCCACUUUUUCUUGUGCAGUUUUGGUUUUUCUUCUUUCAGAAACUGCAAUCUGUUUUUGUUUUUUUUUUCGUCUGCCAAUCAUUGUGCCUUUCAUUCUACAUCAUGCUUUCUAGAAGGCCAUCAGACUCUCUGUUAAUGUACUUCUUUUUCUUCUAUAUACUGAUCAUGCAUUCCCUACUGUAUAAAUUGCACCACUGAUAAAAGUAUCAAACCCA